ACGUAGAAUAUUUAAGAAAACUAAACACAAAAAUUUGGAAUAAUAAUUAUAAUACAAAAUAAGUAAUAAUUUAGCUUAAGCCUAGCUGUCAACAUGGGAGGACUAUUUACAAAAUCUAAAAAGCCUCAAAGUAGGGUAACGGAACAAGACAAAGCAGUUUUACAACUUAAACAACAACGAGAUCGUUUAAAACAAUACCAAAAACGUAUUGAGCUAUCUUUGGAAAAGGAUAGACAAUUGGCGAAGAAAUGUUUAUCACAAGGACGAAAAGAGCGUGCAAAAUUAUUGUUGCGAAAGAAAAAAUUCCAAGAAAAUUUGCUCUCCAACACUGACAAACAAUUGGAAAAUCUUGAAAAACUGGCUGCUGAUAUUGAGUUUGCCCAGGUUGAGAUUCAGGUAUUAGAUGGCCUUAAACAAGGAAAUGCUGCUCUGAAGAAAAUGCAUGCCAUACUAGAUGUUGAUGAAAUUGAGAAAAUCAUGGAUGAGACUCGGGAAGGAAUUGAGAAGCAACAAGAAAUUGACUCAAUCCUAUCGGAUGCAUUGACACAAGAAGACGAAGAUGAUGUAUUGGCAGAACUAGAUGCUUUAGUAGCCGAACAAGACGAAACAAAGGAAAUACAACUGCCGGAAGUACCCACAGACAGCCUCCCUAACAAUGUGAGUGAUGAGGAAGUUGAAGGCGAGCAACCGACCAAGAAAGUUAAAACUAUUCAAGAAAAACCUGCUAAAGUUCUACUAGAAGCUUGAGAAAAUAACCAACGGAAUUGUACUUUUUCUUUCAAAAUUAUGAUGAUUAAUCUUUUUUCUGUUUACUGUAUUAAUCGUUAGUGUGUGGCAUAAUUUUAGAAUAUUUAAGUCAGUGUAUAUUAAUUUUUAAACAAUUUGCAAUAAUUUACUGAAGUAUAAAAGUUGAAAUGGAAUGUAAAAAUAAAGUUUUUAUACAAA